GGCAGCAACAUAACUGGGUGGAGAGGUAAAGUUUAAAAAUAAAUGGUAUGUUAUUGAUCCAAAAAUAAAGCGGCCUCUCCAAACAAUAUAUUGCAGAAAUGAUUCUCAUAAUACUAUUAAAACUCAUAACAUUGAGUUUUGCAACUUUGGUUACAGCAAAAGAUGCAAAUGUAUUGAUGUCUGAAGUUUUUGCCAUCAGUUUAGAUCCACCAAUGUUCAACUGGACCUAUGAAGGAAUGAAGAAUCAAUUUGUAUAUCAAGCAUCACUUUUAAACGCUCCAGAUUUACCCUCCUGGAUAAAUUACGUUUAUAGUGAAAGCCACCACUCUGGGUUCUUGUAUGGCGUUCCGCCUAAUAAAAACAAAGCCAGCAUCCCCAUAGAAGUGAUAGCCCUCAAUAAGAAAAAUUACGAAACUAGAGUAGAGAAUCUGAACAUAAUCAUAACGGAAAAACUGAAUCCAGCCAAGUAUGAGGUUCACCUGAAAAUAGACAACUUGAACGUUGAAGAUUUUUUCAUCGUAGAUAGAAUGGAGGCACUGAAAGAUAUAUUUCGUAAGCAGUUAUGGAAGGAUAGUGCUUUUGACUUGUAUGUGACAUUCCUCAGUACAGCUGUUGAAUUAGGGGCGAGAAAACCAUUAGACCCCAGUGAAGGCGAAGGAGUGGUGAUAAGAUUGGGUAGCGAGACUGCAUUUUCCGCUGAACUAAUUGAACUUCAGGAUGAAGUUAAGCCACUCUGGAAAGUGCCAGCUUGUCCAAGAGAUUUCAAGAGAACGUCUGUUGAGAGGUAUUUUCGUGAUGCUGGCUUUUCACUCGAUUGGUGUUCUUUCAGACUAGUUGAUAAUAAUAAUUCUGCCAUGCAUCAAACUAAUGAGAAUUCAGUGAAUUCAGAUAGAGGUGAUAACAAUGAUAGAUGGCGUCCAGUAUCAACUUCGGAAAUCCCUCAAAGAAGCUACACUCACGAAGUUUUGGUGUCAGUUUUGGUUCCAAUGAUGAUUUUGUUGGUUUUAGGGUUGCUUCUAUCGUUUAUUUUGUGUUUUCACCACGAUGAAAUAGAGGAUGAAGAAAGUGACGAAUACUUCAAAAACUUAUUCCACAUAUGUACUGAUUAUUAUUACAAUCAUUAUAUCUAUAAGAGAACCAGUCACAUCGAACAAUUUUCAACGGACGUAAUCGAUCAGAUCGAUACCAUCCAAAAAGCUACGGAAUCUCUUCGCAACUUUUCCAGCAAUAGAGACGGCAUGUCUCCCGACCUACACAGCCAUACCAAUAGCCCAAAUUCGACCAUCAGUCGUGGCAUGCACUGCAGACCUAGCCCCCCGCCGUAUGUACGACCAAAAUUCAAAUCUGAAAUUUGACAGGAUGAUAGUGAAGAGGAAGAAAAGACAUGGUACUGUUAAAUGCCAACGGGAUCAUCCAGGAGUAGAAAUAGACUUACGUUAUGACCCUGCAUACUCGUUAGAUUAGAUCCUUCAGUGUUGCUUUGAUUCCUAGGAGAGUGAGAGAGAGAUUCAAUGGCAAAUAUAUUAUGUGUGAAUUCCUUGCAGUA